GACCUUUCCCUGCUGCCCUGACAUUUGCCAGGCACCAGCUGACUAUAUCAGUCCUGCAGCUCUGCUCUUGCUUCACACUCUGUCCAGAGAGAUCCCUGUCAUACUUCAGCAGCUGCCUCAGAGAUCCAUCGCCCUCUGCGACAACAUGGUUGUGGUCGAACGGUCCCGCCUGGAGACUCUGGGUGCCGGCAGAGCCAUUGCGGUGCUGACCAGUGGUGGAGAUGCUCAGGGGAUGAACGCCGCUGUCCGGGCCGUUGUCCGAGUUGGAAUCUACACUGGAGCAAAGGUCUACUUCAUUCACGAGGGUUACCAAGGUCUGGUUGAUGGAGGCGACAACAUCCGAGAGGCGACCUGGGAGAGUGUUUCAAUGAUGUUACAGCUGGGCGGCACGGUCAUCGGUAGUGCUCGCUGUAAGGAUUUCCGAUCGCGCGAGGGCAGGAUGAUUGCAGCCCUGCACCUGGUGAAACGUGGCAUCACCAACCUGUGUGUUAUCGGGGGUGACGGCAGCUUGACUGGAGCCAAUGACUUCCGCAUGGAGUGGAGUGGCCUGCUUGCCGAUCUCCAGAAGCAAGGUAAGAUUACGGCUGAGGAGGUGAAGGCUUCCUCCCAUCUGAACAUCGUGGGGAUCGUGGGCUCCAUCGACAAUGACUUCUGUGGCACGGACAUGACGAUCGGCACAGACUCUGCCCUCCACCGGAUCAUGGAAGUGGUGGACAGCAUCACAACCACUGCCCAGAGCCACCAGCGGACAUUUGUACUGGAGGUGAUGGGUCGACACUGUGGGUACCUGGCCCUGGUGUCGGGAUUGGCCUCUGGAGCCGACUGGGUUUUCGUCCCCGAGUCUCCCCCUCCGAAAGACUGGGAGGAUAUCAUCUGCCACAGGCUGAACGAGUCCCGUCAUCGAGGGUCGAGAUUGAACGUGAUUAUCGUGGCUGAGGGAGCUGUCGACCAAGAGGGAAAAGCAAUAACCUCGGGAUACAUCAGACAAAUGGUCACCCAACGUCUUGGUUUCGACACACGAGUCACUAUUUUGGGACAUGUACAGAGAGGGGGUACUCCCAGUGCCUUCGACCGCAUCCUGGGCAGUCGGAUGGGAGUGGAGGCAGUCAUGGCCCUUUUGGAGGCCACCCCUGCCACCCCAGCUUGUGUGGUGAGUCUGUCAGGGAACCAAGCCGUGCGUCUCCCUCUGAUAGAGAUGGUGCAAAUGACGAAAGAUGUUACCAAGGCAAUGGAGGAGAAACGGUUCAGUGAAGCCAUGAAACUCAGAGGAAGGAGUUUUGAGAACAACUGGGACACUUAUCGACUCCUCUCGCACUACGACCUUCCCUCCACCAAGAGUAACUUCACCCUGGCAGUGAUGAACGUGGGGGCUCCUGCAGCCGGCAUGAAUGCUGCUGUCCGAUCCGCCAUCCGCGUUGGGUUGACACAGGGACACAAGAUGUUGGUUGUCCACGAUGGCUUUGAGGGCCUGAUCAAUGGAGCGAUCGAAGAGUUCGGCUGGGCUCAGGUCAGUGGCUGGACUGGAACAGGGGGAGCCACCCUGGGAACCAAACGGGUGCUACCUGCCAAACACUGGCCUGAGAUUGUUAAAAACAUCAUCAAGUUCGGCAUCAACGGACUCCUCAUCAUCGGAGGUUUUGAGGCAUUUUUGGGCGCUCUGGAGCUUCUGGACGGACGCUCCCACUAUGAGGAGCUGUGCAUCCCAGUGUUGGUCAUCCCUGCCACGGUCUCCAACAACGUUCCAGGCUCCGACUUCAGUAUUGGGGCAGAUACAGCCCUCAAUGCCAUCACCUCCACUUGUGACAAGAUUAAGCAGUCAGCAGCGGGGACCAAGCGGAGGGUGUUUGUCAUUGAGACGAUGGGGGGUUACUGUGGCUACCUGGCCACCAUGGCUGGACUGGCAGCGGGCGCUGAUGCAGCAUACAUCUUUGAGGAACAGUUCUCCAUCCACGACCUUCAGGUCAAUGUUGAGCAUUUGACCGAGAAAAUGAAGACAACCGUCAAACGAGGCUUGGUACUAAGGAAUGAAAAGGCGAAUGACCACUACUCCACUGACUUUAUUUACAACCUAUACUCCGAGGAGGGCCGGGGGGUGUUUGACUGCAGGAAGAACGUCCUAGGACACAUGCAGCAGGGAGGAAGCCCCACUCCGUUUGACCGGAACUUCGGAACCAAACUGGGAGCCAAAGCUAUUCUCUGGUUCUCCUCUGCACUGAAGGAAGCGUACAGGCACGGUCGCGUAUUUGCAAACACGCCAGACUCGGCCUGUGUGCUGGGAAUGAAGAAGAGAAGUGUGCUGGUACAACCCAUCCUCCAACUCCGUGACCAGAUUGAUCUCGAACACCGGCUACCACUGAACCAAUGGUGGCUUCGUCUUCGCCCCAUCCUAAAGGUCCUGGCCAAGUACAGGGUCACAGCCGACAUCUCCGAACAGGCCUGUCUGGAACACCUCAGCUGUCACCCUGCGACUUCCACCGCAGCUCACACCUAAAAGGAAGGGGUGUCUGGGGAGAGUGAGGGAGCUUCCCCCCCCCCACUGCACACUUCUCAGAGCUUCAUCCAGGGUGGGGAAGAGGGGGCGGAGGCAAGAGAACCCCCCCCCACAAUGUUUGUGGUUGAAGGUGGAAUCUACCGAACUCUGUGGCAGUAAGGAAGCUUCCCUCAAACCAGGCAAUGGAAGUUGGGGAGCUUCACACUCCCUCUAUCCCCUCUUCUCCAUCUCCUCUAACCCCCACUCUGUUUCUCUCUCCCCCCUCCCUGCCACCCCUUCUCCCCCACUCUCCCUCUGUUCACCCUAACCCUCUCUUUCUCCUUCCCCUCACCUUCUCUCCACCAAACUCCCUCUCUCUCUCUGCCUACCCCUUUACUCUCUCACCCCUCCCUUUCUCUUACGGAGAAGGAACUGCACCCCAACUUCAAAGUCACGCUGUUACUGACUCUCCGGAGCUGGACUGUCUGUGUGACCAGAAAAUGUGAUAUUUGGAAGAAGGGAAUGAAUUAAAAAAUCUUUCCUUAUCA